AUGGCGCAACCGGCGCUGCCAGCGUGGCACCUGAAAGACCAGCCUGUGGUCCGUUUCCAGGUGGCUUCAAAGACAUCGAGGUCCUGCUUUCCAUUUGCGCGGUUCUCCGGCUCGGCGGGGCUCGCGACUUUCGCGGCCCAGUUGGCGAUUCGGCGAUGUGCGAAGGGCAGGGCACCGAGGAGCAAAUCAAAGAUCCUGCGCGCCGCAGCAGAUUUCAGUGAGAACAAGAUGCUGCAUGCCAUGCUUCAUGUUCGCGACCUCGAUGACUCCCUGGCAUUCUACGAGGCUCUGGGCCUUCGCACGUUGUCCUGCAAUCGACGUCCAAGUGGUGGCGGCACUGCCUUUGUGGGCCCCGGUAAGCUUCGAGACAAGGAGAACUUCGCUCUGGAGCUGGCGUCCGCGAAGGAUCCGGAGAAACCGCUGCAGCAAGGAGGUUUCAAAGGCCUCGUCAUAUCGGGAGGCUCUGGAGAGAAAGUCGACCCCAACGGCUACCCGAUGUCGUUCUCGGAGAGCACGCAGCAAGGCUCCGUUCUGUCUUUGAGGCUGCAAACUAGUAACCUGCGGGAUGCUACCGAUUUUUACGAGAAGCUGGGCAUGAAGGUGAUCGAUGAAGAUGCUGGUACGGCUUCUCUGGUCUAUUCUUCUGGCCCACAAACCAUGCUGACCCUCACACAGAUCGCCAGCGAAGUUGGGCCAUCUACCGGAUAUGACCAUCUGGUGGUUUCGACUGCAGAUGUUACAGACGCGACGUCCGCUCUGGAAACGAUGGGCGUAAAGGUUCUGAUGCCCCCCGCGAAAAUGUUCGGGAUGAACAUUGCUGGAGUCGCAGACUGUGAUGGCUACAAGAUAUACCUUGUCAAGGAGGGCGACUUCCAACAGGACUGA